ACAGCUUGUGUUUAUUACAUUAUAAAGAACUGAGAAAUAACCAUGGCUGACAGUGUCAACAUCUCUUCGAACAUUCAGAUCAGACAGCUACCCCUGACUUGGAUGAGAAAAAUAAUUACAGCAAUACAAUGCUUUGAUAAAGAUAAAGAUGGAGUUGCAGGACCAGAAGAUCAUAUGGUAGUAGCAGAUAACCUUGUCAGGGAAGGUAACUUGACAGGGGAGGCAAGAGAUGACAUGUACCGGGUCUUCAAAGAUUACUGUGAUUUAGGGGCUUCACAAGAUAUUCCCAGUUCUAUUUCAUUGGCAGACCAACUUGUAUCAAUUUGGAAAUGCAAAGACAACCCAGAAACAAUUGAAAUCUGGUUGAACAUAUUCUCAAAAAUUUUCGAGUGUCUAUGCAUGGAUUCUUCUGGCUUCAUGACAUUUGAUAACUACAUGAUAUUUUGGAAUGGGAUGAGCCUUGACAAGAGAUUUGCACGAAUGCAGUUUGACUACAUGGAUACAAAUGGUGACGGAUUGAUAAGCCAGGAGGAAUUUGCCAACGCAUCUGUGGAAUUUACUCGUAAUACAGAUGAAACUACUCUCAACCGCUUUUUAGGACCUCUCAUAAACUACUAA